AUGGCGGAGGGGCCACAUCUUCUUCUUCAGUUUCUCCGCGGGAGAAGUGAGCUAGAGCAAGCAAAAGCGCAAGAACCUGAUGCAGGUGCCAUCUUAUGCGAUAAUCGCAGUGCGGUUUUAUCAGGACGGAAACCGCGACAAGAACUCAAUCGAUCAACUAGGCACAUAGCGACUAG